AUGGGGCUCAUCGGGGCGGUGGCAGCGCUCGCAUGCGCGGCGUUACCGUCGGUCGUGGGGCGGGGGGAGGAGGCGGAGGGCGCGGAGCGGGGCCGGGACUCGGGCCCAGCCGCACGGAGCGCCGCCUUCCCCCGCCGCCAGCGGUCGCCCGCGCCCCGCCGAGCGCCUCCCACCGGGAGCCGGCGGUGGGGGGGCGGUGGGGCGGCCUCCUCCCGGGGCGGAGCCCGGCGAGAAGCGGCCGGGGGCGCGGAAAUCGAGGCCGGGGCUCCAGUCGGGCCUGCUGUGCGGGAGGAGGCGGGCGGGCCUCCGCCGCCGCCGCCGCCCCCGCCGCCGGGGCCUUUGUCUCCGCUGGGCUCGGAGGACGCGGCGGGGGCAGUUAGAAUGGAACAGAUUGAAGUGUCGCUGUCCAUCCAGGUGGUGCUGAAGGGCGCCCCGGGGCAGCCGGGCACCAUCCUGCGCACGGUUCCCAUGGGGGGGGUCCGGCUGGUGACCCCCGUCAGCGUGUCGGCCGUCAAACCCACCGUCACCACCUUGGUGGUCAAGGGCAGCACCGGUGAGAGGCGCCGCAUGGACCCCACGGACCCACAGCUGCCCCACAGCUGCCCCAUAGCUGCCCCAGGGGGGGGGGGGCAGAGCGACGGGACCCCCGGGACCCCCGGCACCGUCACCUUGGUGUGUUCCAACCCCCCCUGUGAGACCCACGAUACCGGCACCACCAACACGGCCACCACCACCAUGGCUUUGGGAUCCCAAUCUAUAAUGGGAUCACAGGAUCUAAUGGGAUCACAGGAUAGAAUGGGAUCACAGGAUCUAAUGGGAUCACAGGAUAGAAUGGGAUCACAGGAUCUAAUGGGAUCCCAGCCCUGCUCUAAUCCACCCUGUGAGACACACGAUACCGGAACCACCAACACGGCCACCACCACCAUGGCUUUGGGAUCCCACAAUCCCUGCUCCAACCCCCCCUGUGAGAUCCAUGAUACUGGAACCACCAAUACAGCCACCACCACCAUGGCUUUGGGAUCACACAAUGUAACGGGAUCACAGGAUAGAAUGGGAUCCUGCUCCAACCCCCCCUGUGAGAUCCACGAUACCGGCACCAUCAAUACAGCCACCACCACCAUGGCUUUGGGAUCCCAAUCUAUAAUGGGAUCACAGGAUAGAAUGGGAUCACAGGAUAGAAUGGGAUCCCAGCCCAUAAUGGGAUCACAGGAUCUAAUGGGAUCCCAGCCCAUAAUGGGAUCCCAGCCCUGCUCUAAUCCACCCUGUGAGAUCCACGAUACCGGCACCACCAACACGGCCACCACCACCAUGGCUUUGGGAUCCCACAAUGUAACGGGAUCACAGGAUCUAAUGGGAUCACAGGAUCUAAUGGGAUCCCAGCCCUGCUCUAAUCCACCGUGUGAGAUCCACGAUACCGGAACCACCAACACGGCCACCACCACCAUGGCUUUGGGAUCACACAAUGUAAUGGGAUCACAGGAUCUAAUGGGAUCCCAGCCCAUAAUGGGAUCCUGCUCCAAUCCACCCUGUGAGAUCCACGAUACUGGAACCACCAACACGGCCACCACCACCAUGGCUUUGGGAUCCCAUAAUGUAAUGGGAUCACAGGAUCUAAUAGGAUCACAGCCCAUAAUGGGAUCCCAGCCCUGCUCCAAUCCGCCCUGUGAGAUCCACGAUACCGGCACCACCAACACGGCCACCACCACCAUGGCUUUGGGAUCCCACAAUGUAAUGGGAUCACAGGAUAGAAUGGGAUCCCAUAAUGUAAUGGGAUCCUGCUCUAAUCCCCCAUGUGAGAUCCAUGAUACCGGAACCACCAACACGGCCACCACCACCAUGGCUUUGGGAUCACAGGAUACAAUGGGAUCACAGGAUCUAAUGGGAUCACAGGAUCUAAUGGGAUCCCAGCCCUGCUCCAACCCCCCCUGUGAGGUCCACGAUACCGGUACCACCAACACGGCCACCACCACCAUGGCUUUGGGAUCCCAGAAUAUAAUGGGGGUCUCCCAGCCCACAAUGGGGGUCCCCCAGCCCAUAAUGGGGGUCUCCCAGCCCUGCUCCAACCCCCCCUGUGAGAUCCACGAUACUGGAACCACCAACACGGCCACCACCACCAUGGCUUUGGGAUCCCAGUCUCUAAUGGGGGGCUCCCAGCCCACAAUGGGGGUCUCCCAGCCCUGCUCCAACCCCCCCUGUGAGAUCCACGAUACCGGUACCACCAACACGGCCACCACCACCAUGGCUUUGGGAUCACAGGAUAGAAUGGGGGUCUCCCAGCCCACAAUGGGGGUCUCCCAGCCCACAAUGGGGGGCUCCCAGCCCACAAUGGGGGUCUCCCAGCCCAUAAUGGGGGUCUCCCAGCCCACAAUGGGGGUCUCCCAGCCCUGCUCCAACCCCCCCUGUGAGGUCCACGAUACCGGUACCACCAAUACAUCCACCACCACCAUGGCUUCGGGGUCUGGGGGGGGGUCCCAGCAGCCCCCCCAUGACCCCACCACCACCUCAAUGGGCUCCGUGCCCCCCCCGGGGGUCUCCCAGCUCUCGGCCCCCCCCUCUGAGACCCCCGAGAUGGGGACGACCCUCAUGGCCACCAGCAGCUCCCAGCCCCCCCCGGGGGGGUCCCAGAACUGCUCGGCCCCCCCCCACGAGGCCCAGGACCCCUCGACGCCCGGCUCCUCGUCCAGCCCCCCCCACGAUACAGGGGGGUCCCAGCCCCUCUCGGAGCCCCCCCCGGCCCCCCCCAUGACGCCGUUGGAAGGGACCCCCCCCGGCUGCACCAACCCCCCCUGCGAGACACACGAGACGGGGACGACCCACACGGCCACCACCGUCACCUCCGCCAUGGGGGGCAACCAAGGUGAGACCCCAGCCCAUAAUAACCCCCAGCCCAUAAUAACCCCAGCCCAUAAUAACCCCCAGGACACACCCGCUAUGUGUGCAAUGGGGGGCUGCACUUGGGGGUCUCUGCCCCCACUGGGGGGCCUGGCCCCCCCCAGCCCCUUUGCGCCCCCCCCCAGCGCUGUGGGUCCCAGCCCAGCCAAACUGCAGGCGGCCGCUGCACUCACCGAGGUGGCCAACGGCAUCGAGGGGGUCACUGUGAAGGUGGAGCCGGGCACGUCCCCCCCGAAGGCGCCGCCCCCCAAGAAGGAGCCGCAGUGGUUCGACGUGGGCGUCAUCCGCGGCACCACCGCCGUCGUCACACACUUCUUCCUGCCGCCCAGCAACGCAACCGGCGACGAGGAGCAGUUCCCCCCCGACCACUCCUCGCUGCGUAGGGCGGAGCUUCAGCCCGGCACCGCGUACAAGUUCCGCGUGUGCGCGUUGAACGCGUGCGGCCGCGGCCCCUUCUCCGACGUCAGCGCCUUCAAAACGUGUCUGCCCGGCUUCCCCGGGGCACCCUGCGCCAUCAAGAUCAGCAAGAGCCCGGAUGGAGCCCACCUGACAUGGGAGCCCCCCUCAGCCCCCGCUGGCCGCGUUCAGGAAUACUCAGUGUACCUGGCCAUCCAGGGGGGGGCUGGGGGCACCACAGGGGGGGGGUCGACCCCUAUAGGGGGUGGGUCCGGCGGUGGGGGGGGGGCCGCCCCCAUGGCCUUUAUGAGGGUCUAUUGCGGCCCCAGCCCCGCGUGCCUGGUCCCGGCCGCCAGCCUGGCCAGCGCCCACAUCGACCACAGCACCAAACCCGCCAUCAUCUUCCGCAUCGCUGCCAGGAACGACAAGGGCUACGGGCCCGCCACCCAGGUGCGGUGGCUGCAGGAAUCCAGCAAAGAUGGCGCCGGGGCCAAACCUGCCACCAAGCGGCCGCUGUCCUCCCCCGACAUGUGAGUGUGGGCCGCUAUGGGGCUGCCCUA